CCAUACAGUGUUAAGAUUUUCUUUUUAUCUGUGGAUGGACAAAUGAACACCCGUACAUGAGUUGUCCGCCGGUAAAUUGUUAAAGUAAAGAAACAAAAAUGAGUUUUUCGUCAGAAAUACGGGCAGAGGCCAAUUCGUUAGUGUAUCAAUAUCUUACAACGAUUGAUAGAUCUUUAACUGAAAACUUUGCGGCGAAAACUAAAGCGAAACCCAGAAGCGAGAAUUUACCCACAUUGCAAGAUAUUAUUUUAGCAUACAAAAAGCUACAAAAUAAACCAGCUGCAAAAAAGCAAGGAGACAGUGAUAAGUCUACACUACAGACUUUAAAUGGUCAAAUAAAAACAAAGAAACAGGAAUCUUCAGACUCAGAGAGUUCAGAAGAUGAAAAGCCAACACCAAAGGUAAAUUCAACUACAAGUACUAUCAAGAAUAACAAAAAAGAAUCCUCUGAUAGCGACAGUAGUGAGGACAAUGCAACAUCAAAACCCAAAAAACAGCCAAUUAAACCACAAGCUAACAAUAGUGUAUCAAAAACAAAUAAGAAAAAUGAAUCUUCAGAUAGCUCAGACAGUAGUGAAGAUGAAAAACCAAAAUCACAGAAGACAGCCAUCAAGCCAACUGCAGCAAAGUCUACACCUCAAAAGCCUGCUCCUAAAAAACAAGAAUCAUCCUCAGAUGACAGCGAUGAUAGUGAUGAUGAAAAAACUAAAGUAAAUCCAUCUAAACCUACUCCAGCUAAGAAUAACCAAGCAAAUGCUACUGCUAAAUCUGUUCAGGUAAAGAAACAAGAAUCAUCUUCUGACAGUGACAGUAGUGAUGAAGAACCAAAAAAAGUUCAAAAACCAGAUCAGAAGCAGUUAAAUACAUCAGUUAAAGCUUCUCCUAAAGUACAAAAGGAAGAUUCUUCAGAUGAUAGUGAUGAUUCAGAUGAUGAUACUACAAAAAAGGCUCCUCAGAAACCCGCCUCAAAACCCGCAUCUACGCCAUCAAAGAUUAGUGCUAAAGCUGCUCCAGCUAAAAGACCUAAAUCAUCAUCAGAAGAGGAUAGUAGUAACGAAGAUGAUAAGCCUCAGCCAAAAGUUGUUAACAAACCACAAGCAGUUGCUGCCAAGCCUGUUAAUAAUAUAACCAAGAAAGCUGAAUCGUCAUCAGAUGAUAGUGACGAGAGCAGUGAUGAAAAAACCGCACCAAAGACACCAGCUAAGCAGAUAAAACCUGCAGUAAAACCUGUUGUGUCAAAGGAAGAGUCAUCUUCAGAUGAAGAUAGUGAUGAUGCGCCUUCAAAACAGAACAAAACCAUGCAAAAACCCCAACUAAAGCCUGCAAAAGCAGCAACAAAAGUUCCAGUGAAAAAGCAAUCUUCAUCUGAUGACAGUGAUGACAGCAGCGAGGAUGAAAAACCUAAAAAAACUCCUGUAAAGCUUGCAAAACCUGUAGCAGCUCCAGCUAAAAAAGGAAAUAAAUCCUCUUCUGAAGAUAGCGAUGAUAGCAGUGAGGAUGAAAAACCCAAACACAAUAAAACUCCAAUCAAAACUCUACCAGCUAAAGUUGUAUCCAAGAAAUCAUCAUCAGAAGAUAGUGAUGAUAGCAGUGAGGAUGAAAAGCCUAAGAAAGCUCAACCUUCUGUUACACCAAAAAGUAAAGCUAAAGAGUCAUCCGAUGAUACUAGUGAUGAUGAGCCUAAGCAAAAACCCACACCAAAAAAACCUGCAGAGUCAGAUGAUGAUAGUGACGACAGUGAUGAUGAACCUCCAGCUAAAGUACAAAAGAAGAAAGCAAAACAGUCAAUAGAAAAUGCAGCAGGUGGUAAGAAAAGAAAAAUGUCUGAAAAUGAAGACCCAACACCAGCUAAAAAGCCAUACAGCAAUUUUGUGAAGGAGGGUGAAAACGAGGAGGAAGAAGAUGAAGAGAAGAAUCAAUCUGGGGGUUGGCAAAAUCGCAGUCGCGAUGGUUUUAAUCGAGGCGGAUCCAGAGGCCGUGGCUUUAAUGACCGUGGGCGGGGCGGCUUUAGGGGACGCGGAGGUUUUAACGAUAGGGGUGGACGAGGGGGAUUUAACGAUAGGGGUGGACGAGGAGGAUUUAACGAUAGAGGCGGACGGGGAGGAAGAGGUGGGAGGGGAGGUUUUGACAGGGGUGGACGAGGAGGUGACAGGGGUGGCAGGGGGGGUAACCGAGGUGGACGUGGAGACCGACAUUCGUGGGGCGGAGACAGGGGAGGAUUCCAAAAGGGAGGGUUUAAUGACAGGAAAAGUUUUAACGGGGGAGAAAAUGCUCAGAAUAAAAAAAUAACAUUUGAUUAAAUAGAGUGGAGCUAGAGGAUCGUGGGGUGAACGAGCCAAUCUCGAUUUGAAACAUACACGUGGCAAAUCAUUUAAACAUGAGAAAACUAAGAAAAAGCGAGGUGCAUACCGCGGCGGUGCAAUCGAUACGGGUGUUCAUUCCAUCAAGUUUGAGGAUUGAAAAUUACAUGUACUGUUUUUUUGGUUAUAUUAAAAAAAAUCCAUAUAAUUAAUCAAAGUAAAAGUUGGUUAUCGUUAAUAGUCAGGUACAACUUAUUUAAUAAUAUGUUAUGGUAAGCUGUACUUUGCUAAAAGAUUGUAUAGUUUUGUGCUAACAGCAUCUUGUCUGUAAUUUAGAAAAACUAUUUGACUUCAAUAAAAUUGAUGAUAAUUAGUAAGAAAUUAGCCUUUAAGACUUAAAUACUGUUUUUAUAAACUGUAUGGAUAUAACUGUUAUCUGCUUUAGAAUAAAAUAGGUAAAAUACCUAUUAAGUAACAUUGUAGAAUUAUAUAUAAAUUCAACAUUAUAUUUUUUUAUAAUUAUUACAAUAGGUAUGUUUUAGUAUCCAAGAUUGACAUUUGAAAUGAAUAUGUAGUAAAUACGUUCAAAAUAACAUGGAGUAUUUAACUAAUACCAUAUAUUGUACAUAUGCUUAAUAUUACUAUUUGUAAGUUAAUAUAAUACAAUGAGUGUGUGUUUAUUUGAAAGAAGUGUAUCGAUUUGUUUUAAAAUAGGUGUAAUGAAAAAAAAAACCUAGUUAUUUAAUGAAAUGACUUUAGAUAAAAUAAGACCGCCUUUAAAACACAUGUGUAAUAAAUUUUGAUUUGUCCAUA